GUGUACAGUUUUCAGUUCGUCUCCACUUAUAGCGGCUAGUUGCAGCGAUUUCAGUUAGUACCGUAUCCUCGACCUAUUAGAAAAGCAAGACCUACAUAAAUCUAACUCAGACAGGAGCUGACAAUUGUCGCCUACACGUGACGUAGGGGAUCGCAGAAAUCCUUAACAACUUCGCAGUAGCGCGUCCUUGAACAAUCUCGAAUCACCGCACAGUGUCUGCAAUCAUUCCAUCAGGAGACGGCAAUUUAUUCAUCAGCAGAUGACGUCUCGUCGCCCGGACUGGGGUCUAGUGUCAGCCUCCUGCCGGACUCGGCUCCAAGACAUGUCAUACAGUUGCAGUUGAAAAAGUGCACCUUUGCUGUUAAACGUUCUUGAUACGGCGUGACAAUGUUGUGGUUCCUCGUUUUCGGAUUUGUUGUUUCAUCUUCAGCAAAACUAAGUGAAGAAGAAAUCAUGAAAAAUUUAACAGCAAUCAGUUGGGCGCACGCUGUUAACAACAAAACAUAUUUGAAAACAGCAUUAACUGGUGAGAUCUCCAUGCUGGAAGCGGACAUAGUGAUGGGCACUCUGCAGGGGCAGGACGGGCCCCCCCUCCCGAUCAUGGCGCACCCCCCCGCCACCUCCUCCGACCUCAGCCUCGCCGAGUUCCUCAGCACCGUCACGCAGCACAACAAGGGGCUCAAGGAUAAGGUGAAGGGCGUGAAACUGGACUUCAAGACCAUUGAAGCCUUCGAGAAGUCACAGAGUGUGAUUGCACCGUACGGCAGCGGAAAGGAGAAGUUCCCGCUCUGGCUGAACGCGGACAUCCUGCCCGGGCCGGUGGACGCGCCCGCCAAGCCCGUGGACCCGGUGCAGUUCCUCAAGCUGGGCUCGCAGCACCCGCACGCCGUGCUGUCCAUAGGGUGGACCACGCAGAUCGGCGGGGAGGUGAUAAAAGAAGGAGAGUACAGUCGUGAACACAUCGGCAAGAUGAUACAGAUCGUCAACGAGAACAAAGUAUCACAGAAUGUCACGUUCCCGGUCCGAGCCUGCCUCGCAUCGAACAGCCAGCCAGUCCUACUGGACCUGCUGCGUGAGACAUCCUCCCUCAACUCCACGCUCACAGUGUGGUCCAGCGAGGGAGACCAUGUUACAGUGGACCGCCUGCGCGCCCUGCUGCUGACCGUUGGCCUGGAGCGGACCUACCUGGACGUGCCCAUCGAUCUGGCAAACAAGCUCCAUCUACCACAGAAAUAAGUUAAAAAGUCUUUAGAAGCAAGAUCUUUUAGGAAAGAGAUGGUGAAGCUAUCAGCACUAGCAAGAGCGCCUGGCCAAUCACAGAGUAGAUCAAUAGAAAUGGUUGCUCAAUCAACCAAUCAAUAGGGAGGCUUAAGGCGCGCUCGCCAAUGCCGGUAGCUUAGCGUCUUCUUUCCCAUUGGUUAUUCAGUUCUAGUAUCUAUCAGGUGCCCAAUAGGGACUUUCCGUUUCGACGUUAGUUUUCGGUUUCUAGCUCUGUCCUGUAUUAUAGUGUCUCUAUGCUUAUGUUGGUUUGUUUAGUGCAAAAUUGAUACUUACUUAAGAAUGUUAAAAAUGGAUAUUUAAUUGCUAGUAAUUUAAUAAAUGCAUAAUUCUUC